UGGUGUCCCCGCCCAAAUCCUGCCAUGAAUAGCUCUCCAUCUUUUAGUUUUAGCUAAGCUGCUGGCACUGGUAUUUUAAGAAGGGAUCACAAAAGGAGUGCUUGGAUUUCGGUCAGAUGUUGGCUUUCUAUAGUGGCUAUGGCGCUGUGAAUCUAUGGCUUCCUUGUGGUGCUGAGAGAGUGCAGCGUGGCUGUGGUUUCUUGCUGAAAAACAACUGGUGGUGGCGAGCAUGGAGUUUGGAGGUGCCACCACCGCAGCUGCGGUACGUCGGAGCUCGAGCUCAGCUUUCGGGUUUCCCCUCCUCACGCAUCGGUUUAGACUCUCAGAAUUUCCAAUCUCAAGAUUCAUCUAAGAUGUUAUGGGUUGGUCCUGUCCCUGGUGACAUUGCUGAACUUGAGGCAUACUGCAGGAUUUUUAGAGCUGCCGAACAACUUCAUACUGCUGUGAUGGGGACUUUAUGUAAUCCGGAGACUGGAGAAUGUAAUGUUUUGUAUGACAGGCCUUCAGAGGAUCUGCCGUUAUUGGAACAGAAGGUUGUUGCGGUGCUUGGCUGUAUGCUAGUGCUUCUGAACAGAGGAAGAGAAGAUGUUCUUUCUGGAAGAUCCUCGUUCAAGAAUUCAUUUGAAAUGGCAGACACGAGCAUUCCAGAUGGUAAGCUUCCACCUUUGGCUAUUUUUAGAGGUGAGAUGAAAAGAUGUUGUGAGAGUCUGCAUGUUGCACUUGCAAAUUAUUUGAUGUUGGAUGAUGAUCGUGGGGCAACUAUUUGGAGGCGAUUGCAUCGGUUAAAGAACGUUUGCUAUGAUGCUGGGUUUUCUCGUGGGGAUGGCUAUCCUUGCCCUGCAGUGUUGGCAAACUGCGGACCGGUUUAUUUUUCCAUUUCAAAGGAUGAUGAGUCAUUGGAAGAUUCUGAAGUGGCAUUUUGGAGGGGUGGUCAGGUUACAGAUGAAGGAUUGUCUUGGUUAGUAGAGAAGGGAUUCAAGACAAUAGUAGAUCUUAGAGAUGAGGCCGAACAAGAUGUCUACUACCAGUCUGCUAUUGACCAGGCUGUUGCAUUAGGAAAAAUAGAGGUCAUAAAUUUGCCUGUUGAAGUUGGGACAUCUCCUUCAGUGGAGCAGGUUGAGCAAUUUGCAUCAUUGGUAUCAGAUUCCAGCAGAAGGCCUAUUUAUCUCCACAGUCAAGAAGGAGUUGGCAGGACCUCUGCGAUGGUUUCAAGAUGGAAGCAGUAUGUUACACGCAAUGCAAGGCAUAUUGAAACCUACAAUUCACUUAAUGGCAAGCCUUCAAAGAACACCAUGGAUGAAGAAAGUGACUUAGAUUUCCAGAACAUUAUCUGUUCGAACUUACAAGGGGACAAUCUUUCUGAAGAUAAAUUUUUUUCAGAAUUUCCUAAUCCGAGAUUCAGCAAGGAAGGCAUAUCAGCAAUUCAAUAUGAACAGCAGGAUUGUGAGGCUGGUGAUAAAAAUGACUCCAUGCAAAAUACUACACCAAAUGGUAAUGCUAAUGGUGCAUACAUUGUGAAGGAAGAAUCUUUUUCAAGUGUCUCAAUAGUGAGCAAUCCACUGAAGGCACAGUUUCCUACCUGUGGUGUUUUCUCCAGAAAAGAAAUGACCCAAUUUUUUAAACAGAGAAAAAUCUCACCUCUGACAUAUCUUAAUUCUCAGAGGAAGAAGGUUGAAAUAAUACCUGAUUCAAGAAAGAAACAGAAUUAUCCGGCUCAGGGGAACGUUGUUCCUUUAGGUACUACCCUAUCAGAUUUGAUCAAGCCCCAAACAUCAAAUGGGACAUCUACUGAUGGAGUUAUCUGUCUCAGGACAAAUGCGCCUAAUAUUAGCAAUGCAAAACAAAUGAGGAAUCAAAGCUCUCCGUCUUUAGGUGCAAGUUUGAACGGUUUCCCUCCAGUGGGAUUGUCCAAGCUUGCUACUGAACCUGUAGCUUCAAGUAAUUCCAGCAAUAACUCCACCGAAACUCUAUCUCCCCCCAUAGGAGAAAAAAGGAAGACUGUGAAUGGCUCUAUAGAUUCAAUGGCAGAUGGAUUGGAUCUUGUCCAAGGAAAUAUGUGCGCCUCUACAACUGGUGUUGUCAGAGUUCAAUCUAGAAAGAAAGCUGAGAUGUUUUUAGUCCGCACUGAUGGGUUUUCUUGUAUACGGGAGAAGGUGACAGAGUCUUCUUUGGCUUUUACACAUCCAACCACCCAGCAGCAGAUGCUCAUGUGGAAAUCUACACCAAAGACUGUGUUACUAUUGAAGAAGUUAGGGGAUGAACUCAUGGAAGAAACAAAAGAGGUUGCAUCCUUCCUGCACAGCCAAGAGAAAAUGAAUGUUCUUGUAGAACCUGAUGUCCACGACACACUCGCAAGGAUUCCUGGUUUCGGCUUUGUCCAAACCUUUUAUUGUCAGGAUACCAGUGACCUUCAUGAGAGAGUUGAUUUUGUAGCAUGUUUGGGAGGUGAUGGUGUAAUUUUGCAUGCAUCAAAUUUGUUUCGAGGAGCAGUUCCUCCAGUGGUCUCCUUUAACCUGGGAUCUCUCGGAUUUCUCACAUCACAUACUUUUGAUGAAUAUAGAAAAGACUUGGGGGCGAUCAUCCAUGGGAACAACAUGCUGGAUGGAGUUUAUAUAACUCUUAGAAUGCGCCUAAGAUGUGAAAUUCUUCGGAAUGGAAAUGCGAUGCCUGGAAAAAUAUUUGAUGUCCUGAAUGAAGUGGUUGUUGACCGUGGUUCUAAUCCCUACCUUUCCAAAAUCGAAUGUUAUGAACAUAAUCGGCUGAUAACUAAGGUUCAAGGAGAUGGAGUUAUAAUUGCAACUCCUACUGGCAGCACAGCUUACUCAACAUCUGCAGGGGGGUCAAUGGUGCAUCCGAAUGUUCCAUGCGUCUUGUUUACACCAAUUUGCCCACAUUCCUUAUCAUUCAGACCCGUCAUUCUACCGGAUUCUGCUCAGCUUGAGUUAAAGAUUCCUGAAGAUGCAAGAAGCAAUGCUUGGGUUUCAUUUGACGGCAAGAGAAGGCAGCAACUGUCGAAAGGUGAUUCGGUUAGAAUAUCGAUGAGUGAACACCCUCUACCAACUGUGAAUAAAUCUGAUCAAACUGGUGAUUGGCUCCUUAGCUUGGUUCGGUGUUUGAACUGGAAUGAGAGGUUGGACCAGAAAGCUUUGUGAAUAAAAAUGUAAUUUGAUGAAGUUUUCCAAGAGAAGAAAGUUCAAGAUGUUGUACAUAUCUGUGUAGAAUAUACAAAGAGAGGAAGGCAAGAUUAUUAAUCUUUGUGCAUAUAUACCCCUGUAAAAACUUGUAAUUAUACUUGAGCUCUCCUUGCUAUGCAAAGUGUAUUUAAAAAGCUUAAAAAUUUUGUGCCCCUUGAACAAUUUUUUUUCUUUUUCUGUAUAAACUUUUACAUAUGAGGCACUGUGAAAUUAUUUCAUUGUAUUUUUUUUU